AGCCUGUCCGGCUCAAGGCCGCCGCGCGCGUGGGCGCUGCGCGGCGAGGCCGCUGCAGCGCGGCACCGCGCGCGAGCGCCCCGAGCGCUCCAAUAGUCACAGCAGUCGCAGGAGAACAGCAACGGCAUGAGCACAGCGUGACCAAAUUCCCGGUUUAUGCUGCUGUUCUUUCUCUUGAGCAGGGGCCGCUGCAGCACAGCACGCGCACGGCGGCCCCGCGCGGGGAGGGGAUGGCCGCUGCCGUGGCGCGGCCCCGCGCGGGCGGCGAGGACGAGGCUGACGGGGCUUCGGCCAAGGACCUGUGGACCACGUUCCUGGCCGGCGUGUCGUCCAGCCUGUUCGCGGUCGUGUAUCUGUGGAGGACUUCGAUGGAUUGCGCCUGACCUGGAGUCCUCGUGCGCUCGCGCCCCCGUCGCGGUGGCAGCAGACUGGGCGCUCCUGGCGGCGCUGAUGUUCUCCACGCUCGCUCUCGGGGUGUGCUGCUUCGAUAAGCGGAAUCGGGCGGCCCGCGUGAGGACAGCAGUCUCAGUGGUGGUCCCUGCCGGAUUCGUCUCGUCGCUGUUCAAGGCAGCUGGAAUCAUGUUGUUGCACCCGUUAUGGUGUUCGUGGUUCGAGUCGGUUUGGUGCAUGAGUUUUGGCCUCAUCAUCUUGACCAGGUACGUCGAGGCCUCGGAAGUGCGAAGGGUGGUAGCCAAGCGUGCCAAAGGCAGCGAUCCUGCAGAAGCGGAGGCGGCGGUGGCAGUCGUCAUAGGGAAGCUGCGCGUUACAGUCUUGGACGGAGGGUCCGCCGACGACCCGGAGCGGGGCGAGUGCCCCACUCAGUGCGCAAUCUGCCUGUCCGAGUGGUGCCCGGACGACGUCACCAGGACAACGCCGUGCAGUCAUACGUUCCACGAAGACUGCCUGAGGGCUUGGCUGACGCGCCAGAUGUGCAGCCGCGGCGUGCAGUCGUGCGCGGUGUGCCGCCGCGAUCUGCGGGCCCCGGCCCCAGAGGCGGAGGACUGCGACCUCCCUCCGCGGGCCGAGGCCCUGUAGAUUGGAGCCCCGGACCUCCGGCGGGAGUGGCCGGUCUUUGUACAUACAGGAGCGAAGGUCGGCGUUGGAUGGACCUCCUGCCCUGACGCGUCGAUUAGUGCAUUGGCCUUUUUCGGUUCGCGAGGGGGCGUCGCAGCCGUUACUUUUGCGGGUCCAGGUCCGUCGGUUUGGGCUUGUCCCCGGCCGGGAGGCGCCGGGAAAAUCAGCCACGUGAGCUGAUUCUCAACCCCCUCUUUGCUAUCCCCCCCUCUCGCCCGGCCCGAUAUACAGGAGCGAAUAUUGGAGCAGCGCGGACGCACGCUGUCGGAGGUCCCGCGCGGAUUGCUCGGGUCGGCGCUGGACUCCCCCAGCUGGAGGUCCUGCGGCGCCGCCCCCUGGCGAGCUGCGCGCGCCGGGGGAUGGGGGCGGGCCCAGCGCCGGCUCCGGAGACCGGCGCGGGGCCUCCAGCAUGUUGCCGACCGCCUGUAGUCUUCUUUUAAGCGUAGCCUACGAUGGUGUCCUUGUAAUUCGCGUGAUGCCUCAGCCUCCCUCGUGUCUCCUCCUUUCUUCCCGCCUCCUCCCCUAUCUGAUGGGGGAGUCUGGUGAGCGAGGCUGAGCAUGAGGAGCGAGUGCGAUGGGGCCCAUCAGAUUCGCCCCUCGCAUGCAGACUCGCUCAUGGCCAUGGCGAUAUAGCAGGCAGAGCACGUGGGCACUCCAAGGAGGAGCCGCCAGGGGGUGGGACGGUUCCCCGUUCUCGCGCGGUUCGCUCGUUUAGCGGCCCAGAGUCCCUUUUUUUAGGGCCUCAAGGCAUGCCGCGCCGCUUAAGCACAGCACAGACGACCCGGCAGAGGGGGUGUUGCACGUGCGCCCUCGCGCCCCGGUUGCGGGGAUGUCUCGAGCGGUUCGCUGGGUUGGGCAGUCCCGACUCCUCUCCGUUCAGAGCCGCAUGACCACUGCUAGAUGGAAAAAGGUCAGCCAAUCAUGGCUGCAUGCGUACCUUCGCGAUCGGCUUGCGGCGGUGCCUUGAGCGGCUCGCUUGCCCGGCGGCCCCGACUCCUGCCUCUGGAACGCUUCGUGGUCGCUCGCCUCCCGUGGAGCAGGCGCAGCACGUGGGCACCCCCAGGAGGAGCCGCCGGGGAGCGUGCUGCGCGUGCCCAAUCGCGCCCAGGCGGGGGGCGGAUCGUGAGCGGUUCGCGGAUCCCGGGCACCCGCGACCCCGCCCCGUGCAGAGCCCCGCGGUCACGACGAGACAUCGGUGAGGCCGUCGAAACGGGGGGAUCAGCAUCAAAGUUGUCGCUGUUGAUGGUUGUCGCCAGCUUCUGGCCGAUUUGAAAGACAUUCUCGGCAUUUCAGUUGCUGCACGCAUUGCGUGCUUUUGCGGGAGAGCGCUUUUCGAGCCGCCGUAGGUAGACCAUGCCAGCGAGUUUGCUCAAACAAGCUGUAGCACGUCUCGGCGACAGACUUGGUUCAAGGUCCGCUGGGAA